AUGUCGGGGACAUUCUCAUCAGUGCCUCAAGUGGAUUACUCUCGUCUGAACGACCCUUCUACAAGAGGCGAUGAACUGGCCAAGCUUCGAGAGGCAAUAUUUGUGGUAGGAUUCUUGUACUUGACAAAUACAGGGCUGGAGGAUCUGAUACGCCGCACGCAUGAUGAGAUUCCGCGGCUGUUCGAUUUGUCUGACGAGACCAAGGAGCAGUGCAAUAUGAUACACUCUCCUUCUUUCCUGGGCUACACUCGUCUUGGAGCUGAGACCACCGCAGCCAAGACAGAUAUUAGGGAACAAUAUGACUUUGGGACCCCUGGCAUGAAGGAAUGGACGAAUCAAGAUCCAUUCUGGCAACGUCUUGAAGGCCCCAACCAGUACCCUGAUUCCCCUGGCGCGCAAGCGCUGGUGGAGGAAUACAUUGCCAAAAUUGACGAGCUAGCCCAGAGAUUCGUCCAUCUCGUGGCAGAAAGCCUGGCUCUUCCAGCCGACACCUUUGAUGACUUCAAAGGCAACAUGAGCCGACUGAAGUUUGUCAAGUAUCCUCGGUCGGCACCGAACUCUCAAGGUGUCGGUCCUCACAAGGACUCUGCGGGCCUGUUUACCUUCCUCUCCCAGGACAAUACUGGUGGAUUGCAAGUCUUGAAUAAGAAUGGCGAAUGGAUUGACGUUCCUCCUAUUGAGGGCAGUUUGGUGGUUAAUAUUCAGCAGGGAUUUGAGGCCAUUACUGGUGGAGUGUGUGCUGCCACCACCCAUCGCGUCAUUGCACCAACUUCCCGCACGCGAUAUAGCAUUCCCUAUUUCUUGGGCGUCCGCCUGGACUUGACACUGAAGGAGCUCCAGGAGUCCGCUGCCCACAUUGUGCAACGCAUUCCCGCGUCCGACGACCGGAAAAAACGAGCAGUGGACGUUCCCAGUGAAUUCCUAUCUCCUCUAUACUCUUGCUUUGGCGAGGCACACUUGAGGAAUCGCAUCCUCAGCCACCCUGACGUGGGCCGACGUUGGUACCCCGAGUUGUACGCGAAGUAUUCCCAGCAGGUUUUGAAGUAG